AUCGAAUCGAGCGGUUCUGAUUUUGUGUAGAAAUCUCUUCAACGUGUGCUCCAGCUACUUAGAUUCGUGGAGAUAGAUUGCUGAUUGCUGAUAACCCGCCUGUCGAAUGACAACAGCCGGCAGUUUUUGUCGAUCUGCGAGCGAGCGAGUACUUCCAAAUUCAAUGCAUGCGAUUCAAGUGCCCGCCGGAGGUCCGUCAAAUGCCGCUGCUCCCACCUCCUACUUGCCCUGCGUGACCUUUGCCCCCGGUCAAAUUAAAGCGGCAGUGGGUGAGCAGCGGAUCGGACCGCUGGUCGCCGAGCGGACCACCCGGCAGCGUUUCUUCUACGGAAUCGAGGUGACGGCCAGCGGAGCGAAUGGCAGGCCAACCUGCCUGGACUUCAACCAAUUCCUGCCGCUCCUGCCGACCUUCGUGAGCGUCGUUUGGCUGGGCCAGCGGUACUGGGACGUGGAGCCGGUGGGCGAGGUGGAGAGCCUCCAGUUGGCCCACCACCUGGCCACCCACAUUCCCGUGCUGCCCCACCUGUCCGCCUAUCGACUAGAAAGCGAGCGACUGGAUCAGUUCCUGGCCCUCAACUUCAGCAGUCUUCUGGCCGUUCGAGGCGAUCAGGUUCACGAGGGCCAGACUUUCCGGAUCAGCCUGCCCAUGGUCGAGCAAUCACGGCGGCAGCGAGGUGAAAAAAUUUCAAUCUGCGUGCCAGGAUACCCGGAGGGAUACACUAGCCUAGGCGACUUUCCGCAGAAUUCCACUAGAAACAUGGAGUACUUAAAGGCAAAGAUUGAUGCUGGAGCCGAUUGUAUUAUUACCCAGAUAUGCUACCGUCCCGAGGUCAUAGUGGAGUUUGUGAAGGAUUGCAGGGCAGCUGGGAUCACGGUUCCCAUUUUGGUGGGACUCAUUACCCCCGAAUCCUUUCGCUCCUACUCGCGGAUGGAGCAAAUUGCCGGUGUCUACCUACCAAGCGAUCUGAGCGAAGAGCUCGUCCAGCUGCAGAGUCCCCAAGAAGGGGAUACGAAACCUGACCAGGAUCUGACUAAACAAUUUUUCAUCAGCCUGACAGUCCGAAUCGUUCGUCAUGUUUUGGAUGCCGAUGUGGGCAUUUGGGGCUUCCACUUCUUCACACUCAACCGCUUUAGACCUGUCCAAGCUGUGCUGAAGGAACUUCGCGAACUACAUCUGCUAAAGGAUCCUGAUCAGGCCUAGAAAACUAAAACUCUUUUAUCCUUUGAAUCUUUAUUUAUUUUUAUAAAUUGGUUUUUAUUCGUA